AUGUCCUUCGCUCGCUUUGCCCUUCGCAGUGUGACUCGUUCACGACCAGUGCUUGCAGUGUCCUCGAGGCAGACCUUGGCGUUCCGUGCGAACUACUCAGCAGCAGCAGGAUUGUCAAAAGAAACUGUACAAACACGCAUACUGGACGUGAUAAAGGGCUUCGAGAGAGUGGAUGCAGCAAAGCUUACAACUUCGUCUUCGUUCACGGAUGAUCUCGGGCUUGACAGCCUAGACGCGGUUGAGGUGGUUAUGGCCGUGGAAGAGGAGUUCGCGAUUGAGAUUCCAGACGCGGAAGCUGAUGAGAUAAAAACCGUCCAGCAAGCUAUUGACUACAUCGUAAAGACACCAGAAGGUUAG